AAGCCUUGGCUUGGGUAGCUGUGCUGGUUUAUGCUCCUGCUGGCAUCCUUUAGCAGGAUGAUGGGGACACUGGGGCUUUGGACACUGCUUCCUGCAGCUGCACAAGUAUCCUCAAACAGGAGGACCUGUGUGUUCUUUGAGGCUCCUGGAGUGCGGGGAAGCACAAAGACACUGGGAGAAGUGCUAGAUGCAGGACCAGGUCCUCCAAAGGGUAUCCGCUGCCUCUACAGCCAUUGCUGCUUUGGGAUCUGGAAUCUGACCCAUGGCCGGGCACAAGUGGAGAUGCAAGGAUGCCGAGACAGUGAUGAGCCAGGCUGUGAGUCCCUCCACUGUGACCCCAUCCCUCGAGCCCACCCCAGCCCCAGCUCCACGCUCUUCACAUGCUCCUGUGGUACUGACUUCUGCAAUGCCAAUUACAGCCACCUGCCUCCUUCAGGCAACCAAGGGGCUCCUGGCCCCCAGGAUCCCCAGGCUACCCCAGGUGGGCCCAUCUGGAUGGCAUUGCUGCUGCUGGGAAUGUUUCUUGUGCUGCUGCUGGGUAGCAUCAUCUUGGCCCUGCUACAACGAAAAGCCUGUAGAGUGCAAGGUGGAUCAGACCCGGAGCCAGGCUCAGGCAGAGAUUCCAGUGAGGAGCUCCCGGAGCUGGAUGAACUGCGCUUCUCCCAGGUAAUCCAGGAAGGAGGUCAUGCAGUCGUCUGGGCCGGGAGGCUUCAGGGUGAGAUGGUAGCCAUCAAGGCCUUCCCCCCAAGGGCGGUGGCCCAGUUCCGAGCUGAGAGAGCUGUGUACCAGCUGCUAGGCCUACAGCAUGACCAUAUUGUUCGCUUUAUUGCUGCUGGCCAGGGAGGCCCUGGCCCCCUGCCCUCUGGGCCUUUGCUGGUACUGGAACUGUACCCUAAGGGCUCCUUAUGCCACUACUUGACUCAGUACACGAGCGACUGGGGAAGUUCCUUGAGGAUGGCUCUGUCCCUGGCUGAGGGCCUGGCGUUUCUCCAUGAGGAGCGAUGGCAGGAUGGCCAGUACAAACCAGGUAUCGCUCACCGAGACCUGAGCAGCCAAAAUGUGCUCAUUCGGGAAGACAGGUCAUGUGCCAUCGGAGACCUGGGCCUUGCCUUGGUGCUCCCUGGCCUUGCUCAGCCCCCUGCCUUGGCACCUACGCAACCUCGAGGCCCAGCUGCCAUUUUGGAGGCUGGCACCCAGAGGUACAUGGCUCCAGAGCUUUUGGACAAGACUCUAGACCUGCAGGACUGGGGCACAGCUCUCCAGAGAGCAGAUGUUUACUCUCUGGCGCUACUUCUGUGGGAGAUCCUGAGCCGCUGUUCCGAUUUGAGGCCUGACCAAAGACCGCCACCUUUUCAGUUGGCUUAUGAGGCAGAACUGGGCAGCAAUCCCAGUGCCUGUGACCUCUGGGCCCUGGCGGUGGAGGAGAGGAAGCGCCCCAACAUUCCAUCCACUUGGAGCUGCUCUGCCACAGACCCCAGGGGGCUGAGGGAGCUCCUGGAAGAUUGCUGGGACGCAGACCCAGAAGCACGGCUGACAGCUGAGUGUGUGCAGCAGCGCCUGGCAGCCCUGGCUUACCCUCAGGUGGCUUCCUCCUUCCCAGAGAGGUAUCCUGAGAACUGCCCUGCAGCACUGCAGCACUGCUCUGGGGCUCUCCCCUGCAGGCCUCAGCAGAGUUCUUGUCUCCUCAGUGUUCAGCAAGGCCCUGGCUCUAGGAGUCCUGAGCCUGUAGGUGCCACUGUUUAGGUGUAUGUAGAUGAGCAGCCUGUAUGAACUAGUUAUACAGGCCGACAUACGUGUGGCCGACAUGCACAUGGCCGGCAUGUGUGUGGCGAGAUUGCAUGCCUGUUGCUGUCACUCUCUGUGGGUUCUAACCCACAGGGUAGAUACACUCAGGAAAGAGAAUAAAGCAAGAUUCCCACUCA